AUGGACGGCGAGGCCAAGAAGGGGAAGAAGGGUUUCGUGUCGCCCAUCAAGCGGCUGGUUUUCCCGAAGGCUGCGCGGAGGGCAGCGCCCCGCAGCAGCGUCUAUCGGCGCCCGCUGCACUCCGUGCCCCUCUACCCUCCCGACUACCUGAUCGACCCCCAGAUCCUGCUGCACGACUACGUGGAGAAGGAAGUGAAGUUUUUAGGUCAUCUGACAUGGGUGACAUCCUCCCUGAACCCCUCCAGCCGGGAUGAGGUGCUGCAGCUGCUGGACACGGCCAGGCAGCUGAAGGAGCUGCCGCUGCAGACGACGCCAGAGCAGGAUAGCAUCCUCAGCCUCUCGGCACGCUGCCUCCUGCUCACCUGGCGCGACAACGAGGAACUGAUCCUGCGAAUCCCCACACACGAGAUCGCAGCGGCCUCCUACCUGCGGGACGAUGCCCUGCACCUCCUCAUCCUCAAAACCGGCCUGGGAGUAGACCCGGUCCCCGCCGGGGCGCACCCCGAGGCGACCCCGGUCGGUUUGCCGGAGGCGUUUCCCGCAGAGAAGCGCGCGGGGGGCUCAUGGCCAGAGGGCCGGCUCGGGGGCCCGAUGGAACGGCGGCACACGAUCUGCAGCCUGGACUGGCGGGCGGCGCGGGGCGGGCAGGAGGGCCGGCAGGGCGGCAGCCUGGAGCGGCGGCGGGGCGGCAGCUGGGAGCGGCGGCAGCGCGGGCGGCCCUCGGGCAGCUGGGAGCGGCGGCAGCCGUGCGGCGGCAGCUGGGAGCGGCGGCGGGCCGGCACCGCCGGCGGCAGCUGGGAGCGCGGCACCGGCUUCGGCAGCUGGGAGCGGCGGCACGCCGGCAGCAACCCCCUGGACCCUCAGGAGCCCUGCCCUGACGCUUACUCCAACCUCAUUAUCCUCGCCGUGCCAAACAGGGAUGCUGGUGAGGAGUCCUGUGCACUCAUCUGCCAGGUGUUCCAGAUCAUCUACGGCGACCAGAGCAUCGAGUGCGUGGAUCGCGCCGGGUAUCACUACACCUCCACGCCCACACGGCCCUGGCUCUCCAGCAGGAGUGAGAGCUGCCGCACAGAUGGGACAUACGGCUACGAUGCUGACUACAGCUGCUGCAGCUCCUUCAAUGGUUCCCACGAGACUUUUGAAGCAUAUUACAGUGGCACCUCCUCGCCCUCCUUCCACCACUCCCACCACAGCCUGGCCACCGCUUGCAGUGGCAGUGACCAGAGCGGGGCAGGGCUGGAGCAGCUGCAGGACUACAUGGUGACGCUGCGCAACAAGUUGUCACCACAGGAGAUCCAGCAGUUUGCUGUCCUGCUCCGUGAGUACCGGCUGGGCACGCCGGUGCAGGAAUACUGCACUGAGCUCCUGUGCCUCUACGGGGACCGAAGGAAGUUCCUCCUCCUGGGAAUGAGGCCCUUCAUCCCUGACCAAGACAUCGGGUACUUUGAGACCUUCCUGGAGAGCAUCGGGAUCCGGGAGGGCGGGAUCCUCACUGACAGCUUUGGCCGCAUCAAGCGCAGCAUGAGCAACACGUCGGCCUCGGCUGUGCGCAGCUACGACAGCUGGUCCCUGCGCUCUGAGUCUGAGUCCUUCAACCGCAUGAUCACGGACAUCACCCACGACAUCGAGGCGCUGGCACGGGAUGAGGAGGAGGAGGACGAGGAGGAAGAGGACAACUACUUGUGA